AAUUGACAUUGUCAAUGUUCAAAAAUAAAUAAAUACUAUAAUUGUCAAACUGUUCAAUUUUCCUUUUGCCAUUAAUGUGUCAGCUUCUUCGCUUGGCGCUUCGACACGUGCGGUGCGCGUAUUCUCUUCUCCUGUUUUCUUCAUUUUUGCCGACAUGUCAUAAUCAUUUCUACUAUUAUAUAAUAAUAAUUCAACUUCUAUCUCUAAAUAAAUAUCUCAAUCGUCUCUUGCCCAGUAAGUUGAUGGACCAGUCACCUCCUCCGGCGAAAAUGGACGUGCGAGAAUCAAUCUCGAUGCAAAACCAAGUCUCCAUGAGCCUCGCCAAGCACGUUAUCACCACCGUCUCUAAAAACUCCAACGUCAUCUUCUCUCCGGCGUCGAUCAACGUCAUCCUCAGUAUAAUCGCCGCUGGAUCCACCGGCGGAACCAAGGAUCAGAUCCUAUCUUUCCUCAACUUCUCUUCCGUCGAUCAGCUCAACACAUUCUCCUCCGAUAUCGUCUCCGCCGUUCUCUCCGACGGUAGCGCUAACGGUGGCCCUAAACUCUCGGCGGCUAACGGCGUCUGGAUCGAUAAGUCUCUCUCCUUCAAGCCUUCCUUUAAGAAGCUCUUGGAUGAUUCAUACAAAGCUGCUUCUAAUCAAGCAGAUUUUCAGACGAAGGCUGUGGAAGUGAUUGCUGAGGUGAAUUCAUGGGCUGAAAAGGAAACAAAUGGUCUCAUCACUGAGGUUCUACCAGAAGGAUCAGCAGAUAGUAUGACCAAACUGAUAUUCGCAAACGCAUUGUACUUCAAAGGAACAUGGAACGAGAAAUUCGAUGAGUCUCUAACGAAAGACGGCGACUUUCACCUUCUCGACGGUACGCAAGUGACUGCACCGUUCAUGACCAGCAAGAAGAAACAGUACGUGAGCGCUUACGAUGGUUUCAAAGUAUUGGGACUUCCUUACUUACAAGGACAGGAUAAACGACAGUUCUCAAUGUACCUGUACCUUCCCGAAGUAAACAACGGAUUGUCUGAUCUUCUUGAGAAGAUAGUUUCUACUCCUGGGUUCUUGGAUAACCACAUUCCGCGGAGACAAGUUAAAGUCGGCGAAUUCAAGAUUCCGAAGUUUAAAUUCUCUUUUGGGUUCGAAGCUUCGAAUGUUUUGAAAGGUUUGGGUCUGACGUCGCCGUUCUCCGGCGAAGACGGUUUAACUGAGAUGGUUGAAUCUCCAGAGAUGGGGAAGAAUUUAACCGUAUCGAGCAUUUUCCACAAAGCUUGUAUUGAAGUGAAUGAAGAAGGGACAGAAGCUGCAGCUGCAUCAGCUGGAGUUAUAAAGCUAAGAGGUUUGGCUAUGGAGGAAGAGAUCAUAGAUUUUGUUGCGGACCAUCCGUUUCUGUUGGUGGUCACAGAGAACAUAACAGGAGUGGUUCUGUUCAUUGGUCAAGUCGUUGAUCCGUUGCAUUAGAACUAGUGUGGAAAGCUUUUGGUUUAAUCAGGGAGUAUUCAAUAAAAUGAGAGUGAUUGUGAGAUGUGAUUUGAGGACCGAGUCUUUUCUGCCAAACAUUUUGUUAACUUUGAUGUGUGUAAUAACUAAGACUAUCUACAAUGGUUUACAUUAUCAACACCUUAAUUUUACAUUCCACAUCAUCAUAUCUCUCUUCCACUUCAUAAUUCAACACCAACUUACAUUUGAUACUCUAC